GUCAAAAAUGAAUAAAACAUUUAAAUUCGAAAAUUUUAAUAGAAAAUAUUUUUUUAUCAUAAAAUUCUCGAAUAAAAAUUUUGUUUAUCAUUAGAAAAUUAAAUUGAAAACAUUUUAAUCAGAAUUCUCGGGAAUAAAAUCUUUAAUUCGAAAAUUCUUUUAUAAAAAUUUCUUCAUUAGUAAUAAACUGAAUAAAAACUGUUAAUUUCGAAGAAAAGAUUUCCUAAAUCGAAAAUUGUCGUAUAAAAUUUUUUUUACAACAUAUUCGCUUCCUCAUAGAGGAUGUAUUUUAAUUGAAUUCAAUAAAACAAUAAUUUAAAAAAUUAAAUUUCAGGAUACGUUCUCAUGAUUGAUGUUGGAGCGCAAAUUUCCUGGACAUCAUCUGCACUUCCCUAUUUAACAAGUGACAUCUCAGAAAUUCCCAUAACAUUCAAUGAAAGUGUGUGGCUCGCAUCAAUCGACAGUAUUUGCACAAUAUUCGGAAUAAUUCUCUAUCCCAGCAUAAUGGACGUCGUUGGUAGAAAAUAUACAAUUUUAAUUUUCACCCUAAUUCAAAUAAUCGCUUGGAUAGCAAUAAAUUUAGCGACAAAUUUCAUUUCCCUUCUAAUAUCACGAAUAAUAGUCGGCAUUGGUUACGGUGGUAUAUUUAGUUUUCUAACAAUUUACAUUGGUGAAAUAGCCGAGAAAAAUUUACGUGGCAUGUUUCUUUCAAUUGACAAAAUAUGCGUGAAUUUCGGUGGUUUUAUUUUAAAUUCAGUUGGAGCAUUUUUAUCCUAUAGAACAAUGAAUUUAGUUAUGAUUUCAAUACCUCUGAUUUCUCUCAGUUUAUUUCCGUUAAUGCACGAGACACCGUAUUAUUAUUUAAUGAAGAAUCGAGAAGAAAAUGCUAUUCGUGCAUUAAUGAAAUUGAAUUGCAAAGAGAAUUCCAUGGUGGUGGAUGAUAUUGAGAGAAUUAGGAGAACAAUCGAGGAAUGUGGAAGUUCGAAGAAAUAUGCAAUUCAAGAAUUAUUUAGUGACAAAGGCAGUCGAAGGGGUUUGAUUAUUAAAAUAAUCACCGAUUUGACAUACGCUUUCUCGGGUUUUAUGGUUAUUCAAACAUAUGCGCAGGAUAUUUUCGAAUAUACUGGAUCGUCAAUGAAACCGGCUUAUUCAGUUAUGUUGAUAAGUGGAGUACAAUCUUUGGUUGGUUUCUCUUCGGGUUUUUUAGUUGAUUAUUGGGGUAGAAGACCAAUUUAUCUACUCUCAGGAAUAAUGUCAUCAAUUUCUUUAACUUCAGUUGGAGUUUUCUUUUUUUUCAAAUAUUUCCUUGAAAUCAACGUCGAUAAUUUCUCAUGGACACCAUUAGUUUUGUUGACAUUCUUUCUAAUUGUCGCCAAUAUGGGUCUAUCGACAAUACCACAUAUUUAUUCUGGUGAAUUAUUUUCUGUUAAAGUUAAAGGCUUGGCCGUUAUGAUAUCGUCAAUUUUCGUUGGAUUCUCAUUAUUUUUGGCAAAAUUUAUGACACCAUUUUUAAAUAAACUCGUUGGUAUUUAUUCAGUAUUCUGGUUAUUUUCGAGUGUUUGUUUCAUCGGACCGCUUUGUAUUUUUUUCAUUGCACCGGAAACAAAGGGGAAAAAUCUCGAGGAAGUUUUAAGUAUGCUACGCUCUUAAUUUUUUUUUUUUAAAUUCCAGACUUCGCACUCGAUAAUUAAUUUUGAAAAAUUAGCAAAAAGUAGCUUUCAAACUAAAAAAAAAGUAGUAAAAAAGUAUGUAUCUAUCACAAAAUUAAACUUGAUGACCAAAAAAAUAUCGUCUUUGAAACUUCACAAAACUGACAAAAAUUCUAUUCUAUAUUUUAUUUUCUUGACUUUUUCCUAAUUUUCAUCAAAAUAAUAUUCACUUCUUUCUUAUCCUGCUAAUAAAUUG